AUGGCAGAAAGUGCAGAUGGGAAUGAAGAAGUGAAAGACAGAGAAAAUUUCAAGGCACCUAAACCGGUCCUGGCAGUGAAACCUUAUACUGCCCGGAAGAAAGAACCUGAAGUCAAACCUUCAGCACCGACCUACCCAGUCUUUCAGGGUGGGAUGGAGGAAGAAUUCCUUUUCCCCCGCCCCUUACCAAACCCUUUCAGCAGGACCUCAGACGCAACCGGCAACCAGCAGCUUCACUAUUGGCCUUUUGCCACUGGUGACCUGUACAAUUGGAAAACUCAAAAUGCCAAGUUCUCAGAUGAUCCCAGAGAUUUAACUGACCUCCUAGAAACUAUUUUGUUUACUCAUCAGCCUACCUGGGACGACUGUCAACAGCUCCUCCAAAUUUUAUUCACUACCGAGGAACGUGAGAGGAUCCAGAUGGAAACCCAGAAAUCUGUCUUGGGGGAUAACAGGCAGCCCACUACUAAUACAGAUGUAAUUAAUGCUACCUUCCCUUUGACUCGUCCUAAUUGGGACUACAACACGACUGAAGGUAAGGAGAGACUCCGGGUGUACCGUCAGACUCUAAUGGGAGGUCUCAAGGCAGCCACAAGGAAGCCCACCAAUUUGGCUAAGGUAGGUGACGUACAGCAAGGGAGGGAUGAAAGUCCUGCCGCUUUCUUAGAAAGAUUAAUGGAAGCAUUUCGUCAAUAUACCCCCAUGAAUCCAGAAGCACCUGAAACUAGGGCUGCACUGAUCAUGGCUUUUGUGAAUCAAGCAGCCCCAGACAUUAUGAGAAAGUUACAAAAAAUUGACAGAUUAAAUGAAAAAAGUGUUCAGGACUUAAUGUUAGUUGCAGAGAGAGUUUAUAAUCACAGAGAAAGUCCAGAGGACCAACAGGCCAAAGCACUAGUGGCGGCCAGUGAUCUGAACACUCAGAACCUUGCAAAAAUCUUACUUGCCUCAACAACCGGGAGCGUCCAAGAAAGAGAACAGCAACUACAGAAAAUCACAAAAUACCGAGGGAAACUGUCUAAUAAAACCUCCUGGGUUCAAGGAGCCACAGGAACAAAUCAAUUAUGGACUACCCGAAGAACAGUAGAUCUCAGCGUGGGACGGGUAUCCCACUCGUUCAUGGUAAUUCCAGAAUGCCCUUAUCUACUUCUCGGGAGAGAUAUACUAACCAAAAUAGGAGCACAAAUCCACUUUCAAAACGGAGGGGCAACCAUUAUGGACAGUAAGGGCCAGCCUAUUCACGUGUUAACUGUAAACCUGGAAGAUGAAUAUAGGCUCCACCAACAACCCCCUCCUUCUCCAUCCGAGAAUACAGAACAAUGGUUAUUAGCCUUUCCUAAGGCGUGGGCUGAGACUGGAGGUGUAGGGUUAGCUAAACAUAGGCCAACAGUUUAUGUAGAAAUUAAACCUGGAGCAGACCCGGUCAGAGUCUGCCAGUACCCUAUGUCACGAGAAGCCCGGGAGGGCAUAACCCCCCAUAUCCGGCACCUAUUAAAAUUAGGAAUACUCCGACCCUGUCAGUCUGCCUGGAACAUCCCCUUACUCCCUGUUCGAAAACCUCAUUCUAACAACUAUAGACCAGUACAAGACCUCUGAGAAGUCAAUAAACGAGUCAUGGAUAUUCACCCUACUGUCCCUAACCCAUACACCCUCCUUAGUUCUUUACCCCCAGAUCACCAGUGGUACUCAGUAUUAGACCUUAAAGAUGCUUUUUUCAGUCUACCACUAGCCCCAAAGAGCCAGAACCUGUUUGCCUUUGAAUGGACUGACCCGACAGAAGGCAUUAGCAGACAACUGACCUGGACGAGGUUACCUCAGGGGCUCAAAAUUUUGCCCACGAUUUUCGAUGAAGCAUUACACGAAGACCUGGGUAAGUUCCGAUUCGACCACCCCAGUCCCACACUGUUACAAUAUGUAGAUGAUCUCCUAGUUGCUGCAGCAGACUACGAGACCUGCCUCCAAGGAACCAGAGACCUACUCCAAACACUAGGAGAUAUGGGGUACCGAGCCUCAGCCAAAAAGGCUCAACUUUGCCAGCCCGAGGUGAGCUAUUUGGGGUACAUGUUAAAAGAAGGACAAAGAUGGCUGACUAGGGCCCGCAAAGAGACUGUGCUAAAAAUCCCUAGACCCAGCACCCCACGUGGAGUGCGGGAGUUCCUAGGAUCAGCCGGCUACUGUAGACUUUGGAUACCAGGUUUUGCAGAACUAGCAAAACCUCUCUAUGAAGCAACUAAGGAGGGGCAGAAAUUUCAGUGUACAGAGGCCAUGGAAAAAUCCUUUAAUUCACUUAAAACUGCCCUUCUGUCUGCUCCUGCCCUUGGACUGCCUGAUGUAACAAAACCCUUCCAUCUAUACGUUGAUGAAAAUAAAGGGGUAGCGAAAGGAGUUGUAAUCCAACACCUAGGCCCCUGGAAAAGACCGGUAGCCUAUCUCUCAAAAAAAUUAGACCCAGUAGCAGUGGGGUGGCCCCCGUACUUACGCAUAAUAGCAGCAACAGCCUUGUUAGUGAAAGACACGAACAAACUUACACUGGGGCAAGAACUACAUAUUACCACCCCGCGUGCCAUAGAAGGGACUCUUAAGCAACCUCCCGAUCGAUGGCUCAGCAAUGCGCGGCUCACCCACUACCAAGGACUGUUACUGAACAACCCAACGAAAAUUAUCUUCCAGUCACCUACGGCACUGAACCCUGCCACCCUGUUACUGGAUCCGGAUUUGGGUGCUCCACUCCAUGACUGUGUCGACACUCUAGCUCAAGCGCACGGGAUCCAAGCUGACCUAUGAGACACCCCCUUACCAGAUGCCAAGGUUACCUGGUAUACGGAUGGGAGCAGCUUUGUGCGUGAUGGACAAAGGUAUGUGGGAGUGGCAGUAGUGACGGAAACUGCGAUAAUUUGGGCUGAACCGUUACCGGCCAGAACAUCGGCUCAACGAGCUGAACUAAUAGCAUUGACCAAAGCCCUAACUUUGGGAAAAGACAAAAAGUUAAAUGUUUAUAUGGACAGUCAUUAUGCUUUUGCCACGGCACAUAUUCAUGGGGCAAUUUAUCGGGAAAGAGGGCUACUAACCGCGGAAGGGAAAACAAUUAAAAACGAAAACAAGAUCCUAGAUCUACUAGCUGCCCUGUGGCUCCCAAAGAAACUUGCCAUCAUUCAUUGUCCAGGGCACCAGAAAAUCACCACCCCAAUUACUCGAGGCAACAAUCUAGCAGACCAAACCGUCCGAGAAAUUGCACUGUCUACCAACCUAGUAUUAACUUCCAACCUACCUGAUCCUGGGACCAUCCUCCCCGAAAAACUGGGAGAAGAAUUUUUAUUCAAAAUACACCAAACCACCCAUCUAGGAACCAAAAAGAUGCAGGAGUUAUUAAAAUGGGCAGACGUAAUAAUUAAAAAUGCUCAAUGUAAAAUUGAAAUAAUUGUUUCUGACUGUAAGGCCUGUCAAUUAACCAAUGUUACUAAAAAACCCUCCAAAUCUGGCUCCAGAUCAAGAGGCAACACACCAGGGACUUGCUGGGAAGUGGACUACACGGAGGUAAAACUAGGAAAAUAUGGAUAUAAAUAUUUGUUAGUCUUUAUAGAUACCUUUUCAGGGGGGGUGGAAGCCUUCCCCACCAAGAGAGAAACGGCCCACGUUGUAGCCAAGAAACUACUAGAAGACAUCAUACCCAGGUAUGGUUUUCCUACUACAAUAGGGCCAGAUAAUGGACCGGCAUUUGUGUCUAAGGUAAUACAGGGUUUAGCAACUAUUCUUGGGGCUAAUUGGAAAUUACAUUGUGCUUACAGACCCCAAAGUUCAGGUCAGGUAGAAAGAAUGAACAGAACUCUAAAAGAGACCUUAACCAAAUUAACCAUAGAGACUGACAGAGACUGGGUGACUCUCCUCCCCUUUGCCCUAUUUCAGGUCCGUAACUCUCCUUAUAAAUUAGGAUUAACACCUUUUGAGAUUGUCUUUGGCAGACCUCCACCUAUUACUCCCAGAUUCCAGUCUGAUUUAUUACGUGAAAUUGAUAAUUGUGAACUCAUUUAUUCUCUUCAAGCCCUGCAACAAACCCAACAGGACAUCUGGCCGAACUUAAGGGCCCUCUACCAAUCUAAUCCCCCUCCCGAACCUCACCGGUACCAGCCAGGUGAUUGGGUGUAUGUGCGGAGACAUCAACAAGAGACUCUACAACCUCGCUGGAAAGGACCCUACAUCGUGAUCCUGACCACACCCACCACCCUCAAAGUUGAUGGAAUAACCUCCUGGAUUCAUCAUACCCAUGCCUGCAAAGCCGAUCCUGUCCCUGACCAGGACCCACCAUGGCACAUCUCCAAGGACCCCAACAAUCCGCUCAAACUAAAACUUCAGCAAUGUGGACCUUACUAG